UUCAUUUUUAUUUUUCCUCUGAAACCAAAAUAAAAAUCAGAGUCAUAACCAACCUUCCUUCUUCUGUAGUUUUUUCUAUCCAUCUUCAACUUUCCUUUCUCCCCUUUCCUUUUCUACCUCCAAGAUUACAUUUUUCUUUGACCCUUUUGCUCUCUCUCUCUCAAAUUCUCCUCUCCACACACUUCCCCUUAAAGUCAAUUUGAUGCUCAUCUGUCUCAGAUCCUAGAUCUUGCCGUCGGUGGGUUGAUCGGAGUAGAUGUCGCCGUCAAACGGGUUGCACAACGGCGGCGGCGGCGGCGGUAAUGGGGCGAGUUAUAUAGAGCAUCAGGUUUCAAAACUUGACACUCUUGCUGGUGUUGCAAUCAAGUAUGGUGUUGAGGUAGCUGACAUUAAAAGGAUGAAUGGGCUAGCCACAGAUCUUCAAAUGUUUGCACUGAAGACAUUGAAAAUUCCAUUACCAGGACGGCAUCCACCAUCUCCUGCUCCUGGUCCACAUGAUGAACCUGCCAAGUCAGGAGAUAGUAGCAUUGAAAGGAAACCCCUACGUAUAGGUCAAUCUGCCAUGAAGGAACCUCUCGAGUCCUUAAGACUGAAACCACCUCAACCGAAUAUUUCUCCAGCUAUGAGCAUUUUACAGAAAUUCUAUGGCCUCAAAUCUUCAAAUUCAAGAGAUACAUUAAACGGAACAGAAAUGGCAGUUUAUACAUCUGCAAGUUCAGAUCAUUCUAGAGGCGAAUGGCUUCCCAAAACUUCACCUAUUUCAGACCUACCAUCAGCAUCAAAUGAUUACCCCAAAUCAACCAAUUUAGUGUUUGAUCUACUGACUGGGGAUGAUGUGCAUGAGUAUGUGCCUCUUGCAGAAAUUGGUGAUGGGGGAGCUGAGAAGUCUGAUGAGAAAUCUGUCCGCAGACGUCAGAAAGAAGGAAAUGGUAAUGGUUCAAAUGGUUUUUCUUCAAGUGGAAAGACACUAGCCAUGAGGCCGAAAUCGGCUAGUCGAGCAGCGCUGCUUCCUGAGUCAGAAUCAGGAUGGUUAGAUUCAAUUCCAGUGGGGUUGGGAGAAUCUAUAUUUACCGAUGGCUUUUCUGGAGUGCGCAAAUCGUCGAGUGCAUCGAGCCUUAGAGAGCAGGAAAAGAACAAUUCAGCAACAGCCUGGCCACCUGCAAUAUGGAACUUGAAACCAGACUUGCAAGCAGCCAUUGGGAAACCUAUCUUUGAUGGUUUGCCUAUCCCAAUAACAGGCCGCAGAAGCAAAGCUGCCCUUGAUUAGUGUAAAAUUGAUUCCCUUUUGAGCAAAAUAUUUUUUUUGACAUUACACAAACAUAAAAAUUGCAACAAGAUGCAACUAUUUUGGGUUGGUAAACCUGAGCAAAAAGAAGGGAAAAAAAAAAAAAAAACAAAACUACACGAUUAGGAUAUUUAUUUCUGGCCUCAAGGGGUCAAUGACCUUCCAAAUAAGAAAAGCUGAAGCAGUAGCAACUGAAGAAAAGGUACAUGAAAAUGGUUAGCAACUGAUAUUUCAAAUGUACCAAUGAUGUAAUGGUCAACCCUACCUUGGUUAUAAAGAGUUGUUUACAGAUUGAUUUGUUAAAUGAUUGAGUCAAGCAAGUGAAAGUCAUUCUGUUCGGUGGUUAACUGUAUCACGUCAUUGUUAUUGAAUACAUUGUGUAAGUAUUUAAGAAAUUUUUUUUCUUGAGACACCCCAUUAUACUGUAAUACCAUUUAAUUGUGUAAACCAUGUCACAUGGAUACUCUACUAGCUGUCUUGUACUUUUCAAUUGGAUUAGUUCUUUUACCCCCAUUGAUACAUGUUUGUGUUUUCUGUUGGCCAUCCAUGUAAUACAUCCAAGCAAUCAAGCUCUCCAUGUGAUUUUGAUUCA